ACUGGACCAGUUCGGUUGGCAUUCGUCGAUCCGCCAUUUUUAUUAGCAUUUCUCUACCUGUCGGCGUUGCGCUUGGAAAAAGUUUCCGAUAACUUUUCCUGUACAAAAAAAAAUAUUAAUUGUAGACAGAAAAAUAUACAUAAUUUUGUGAGAACCUUUUAAUAAGCAGACUGCAUAAUAACUCGAAUUCUGAUAUAUUGUACGAUAUGAAGAGUGAAGGCAAUGAGAAUUCUAACGACAGCCGGGAGAAGGAACGGGAUCGACGAGGUCGUGGAGCACGUGCGUCAAGAUUCUCGGACGCUGAAGCCGGUGGUGCUGGCAGCGGUGGCGCCGGUGGAAGUACCAACUCUGGUGGCAAUGCUAACCGUGAUCGUAGCCGUGAAGGUCGCAAUUGCCGCGUUUACAUAUCAAACAUCCCCUACGAUUAUCGUUGGCAAGAUCUGAAAGAUUUAUUCCGUCGGAUUGUGGGGUCAGUUGAAUAUGUAGAAUUAUUCCAUGAUGAAAAUGGAAAAGCUCGCGGAUGUGGAAUCGUCGAAUUCAAAGAUCCCGAUAAUGUCGAAAAAGCUUUGGAAAAGAUGAACCGCUAUGAGAUAAAUGGCCGAGAAUUGGUAGUGAAAGAGGAUCAUGGUGAGCAGCGGGAUCAGUAUGGUCGCAUUGUACGCGAUGGCGGUGGGUCAUCACGAGGAGGUGGUGGUGGUGGUGGCGGUGGUGGCGGUGGAGACAUGGGUGACCGCGACAGAGGCUUCUCUCGCCGCGAUGAUGACAGGUACUACAAUUUAAGCUUGAAAAAUAUUAUCAAUUCUAAUAUGGGUUUAUUGAUUUUUUCUUGGGAAGGUUUGCAUAUACGUUUUUUUGUUUCAGGAAAAUUGUGUUGAAAAAUAAUUGGCCCUAUCACAAAUUUCACAUGAACAAAUAUUGCUAAAAUUUAUGAAGCAAAACAAAAACAAUAUUUCCUAAUUUGUUCUUGUUUUUCCUGUUACAUUAUGGGAACUUUUUAUUCACAUCGAAUUGGUGAUAGGGCUGAAUAUCUAUCUCACAGAUGUUUCGUUGUUAUAGGGUAAAUUUGACAAUAUUUUGUUAAGUUUAGUCAGGCGCUUUACAGGUCAUUGACUACAUCUGGAAGAAAUGCGUUAAACAAAGGCAGCAAGGUAUUACGAGGUAGUGAAAGAACAAUAGGCUUCACAUAUCGCAAUAUUUAAACAAAUAUUUGAGUAUAUUGGUCAGGUGAUGAAGUUAGAAGCGGCAUCAUUCCUGCAUAAAUAUUUAAUAGACAUUUCAUGGUAAAUUUUGUGCCAGAAGUUCUAUUGGGGAAAUAAGUUUCAUUUAUUAUUCGGUUUGGAAAUAUCGGCCAGGUUCCCUAAUUCACUUCCGAGUUAAUUUCCCAGUCGCUUUGUAUUCAAAUUUAAUGGGGUUGAAAUUCACUCGAGUGUGAAUCGCACAUCCUGCCUGUAUAUCGACGGUUUGGUGGAAGAUUGAGCCAUCUCUGCAGCCUACUCGUAAAAGUCCUAUCUCAGCUGCCGUUAUAUUUUGAGUUAAAAUGUUGUUUUUAACCAUACCCUGAGUUAGGGUUUUUUAAUCGAAUUCUGAAAUACGGCAUCCUCCAAUCAAAUUUUGAAGUAAUGCUCGAUUUCCACCAGACAUUAAAUGACAAAAA